GCCAGGCAUGGUGGUGGAUACCUAUAAUCCUACUGGGGAGGCUGAGGCAGGAGAAUCACUUGAACCUGGGAGGCGGAGGUUGCAGUGAGCUGAGAUAGCACCACUGCACUCCAGCCUGGGCGAAAGAAUGAGACUCCAUCUCAAACAAACAAAAAAAGUCUAAAUGUCCUCAAUACUGUCCGUGUGUGGCACUAGUGAAGUAAUUUCUGGCCAUUAGUGGUGCUAUGGUCACCAUGAAAUUGAGGCUACAGAAAUUCCUUUGGAAAUGUCUGAUUUAGACAUUUAUCACUUUCAGAUGUUUUAGCCAUGAAAGAAUCUCACGGAUUUAUUGCAGAAAUAUGCGAUGGUCAAAGACAAGGUAUUGGCUCUAGAAGCCAAAUUACUAGUCUUUAUCCUGGCUUUUUAUUUGUGAGACCAUGGAGAGUCGUUUCAACCCUGGGAACCCUGAUUUACUCUUUAAAAACAGAGAAAAUAGGCUGGGUGUGGUGGCUCACACCUAUAAUCCCAUGGGAGGCUAGGCAGUCAGAUCACUUGAAGUCAGGAGUUUGAGACCAGCCUGGUCAGCAUGGUGAAACACUGUCUUUACUAAAAAUACAAAAAUUAGCUGGGCCUGGUGGCACAUGCCUGUAAUUUUAGCUACUCUGGAGGCCGAGGCAGGAGAAUCUCUUGAACCAAGAGGUGGAGGUUGCAGUGAGUCAAGAUCCCACCAUUCCACUCCAGCCUGGGCGACAGAGACUCUGUCUCCAAAAAAAAAAAAAAAAAAAAAAAAAAAAGAAAGAGAAAAUGAUAAACACGUUGCAGGUUGUUGCAUGGUAUAUUGGUCACACAUUAUUUUCUACUCUUUCUGGUAAAGAGUUGGUGUGUCAUAGAAAGUACCUGUUCUGUGUGUGUGUCUGUGUGUAUAAUUCGGUGUGAAAAUUAAAGAGAAACAACAAAAAAAAACCCUUUCCUAUAGUUAUGUGUAAAUUAGCAUGGUGUGCUGCAAAAAACGUGUCAAGGUGAUAGGAGAAUUAUUUUGACUUUCCUGUACAAUUAUAAAAUGAUUCAGUGAGUUUGGUUAGGUAUCCUCCUUCUCUGAAUCUAUAUCCCUGUCUGCUUAUGACCAAAAAAAAAAAAAAAAAGAAAAAGAAAAAAAAAUCAUGGCAAAGGUCUCUCAAGCUCUAAAGAAUAUGUCAACUAUGAUACAAGUAGCAGUUAGCCUUAUAACUAACUGUAAACACUAUCUGUGGAUUUUAAGGUUUACCUGAGCAUUGGCUAUUAACACACCACUAGCCUAACUUUCAAAAAUAUGAACUCUAUAAACUUCACAACUGAAGUCAGAUCUGUAUGCCUGAGAAAGGUAAAAUCAUUUCAUGAAAUCAAACGGUGGUGAUGCGCCCAAAUUCUGGCCUCAUCCUUUAAUUGGAGGACAUCCGGCAGGACAACAACUGGGCCCUGCCUUUUUUCAGGCAGCAACAUCUUCACUCAACCCACACCAUUUGACAGUUCCCCAUUGCCCCUGGCACCCAGCCCUUCGGUACCAGGAACUAAAUAUCCUUGUCCAUUCCGCCAGCGGCCACUGCCUACUUAACCCCGAGGCAGGUGAAAGCGCCUCACGCAGAGUUAGGAACCUCCGGGGGCGUGGCGUGGCGUGGCGUAGCGUAGCGUUGGGGAAACUUGGGCCUGCGGAUUGGGGUACCGGAAAGGGAGGGGUGGACCGCAGGCGCCUGACGUGACGUAAGCCGGAAGCGACUUUCCGCCGAGAAAUAGGGGCGCGUGUUUGGAAAUUGGUAGAAAAGAUAAUGCGAGCGAGCUGCUGUCAGCCUGGCCUGAUCUGCUUCCGUUUCACCACAGAUUCAGUUAUUAAGCAUUUUUUUCUUUUUUUGGUUCUUUGCAACGUGAGCGGCAUUGGGUCAGUGAUUUCCGUGAGCAUCUCCACGAGAAAACAUUACCUCGAUGAAGUGCGGUGGAAGCCAGGCAGCCCCUUCUAAUCGGCUAGGCUUGAGAAAGCGUCUACCUCUGCAUUUCUGAAAUUAACUCAGCGUGAUUGGCAAGAUUUUCCGGAGCAUCUGGUGUCAAGACACUCGUCACUAUUAAUUCGGAAAGAAAACACCGUUUUCCAGCAUUUCUUUUGGUGGAGAACUAAACAACAGGAAAAAUGUCUAUUUUCCCUAAGAUAUCUUUGAGACCCGAGGUUGAAAACUAUCUUAAGGAAGGCUUUAUGAAUAAGGAGAUUGUGACGGCUUUAGGUAAACAGGAAGCAGAAAGGAAGUUUGAAACUUUGUUAAAGCACCUGUCACAUCCUCCUUCAUUCACAACUGUCAGAGUGAAUACACAUUUAGCCUCAGUACAACAUGUGAAAAAUCUGUUACUUGAUGAACUUCAGAAGCAGUUUAACGGAUUAAGUGUUCCUAUUCUUCAACAUCCAGACCUUCAGGAUCUCUUACUUAUCCCUGUUAUUGGACCCAGGAAGAAUAUUAAAAAACAGCAGUGUGAAGCCAUUGUUGGAGCCCAGUGUGGCAAUGCAGUUUUAAGAGGAGCCCAUGUCUAUGCCCCAGGAAUUGUGUCAGCAUCCAAGUUUAUGAAAGCUGGAGAUGUUAUUUCUGUAUACUCUGAUAUUAAAGGAAAAUGUAAGAAAGGAGCCAGAGAAUUUGAUGGAACAAAAGUAUUUCUUGGAAAUGGGAUUUCUGAACUAAGCCGCAAGGAAAUCUUCAAUGGAUUACCUGAACUGAAAGGCAUGGGCAUAAGAAUGACAGAACCAGUAUAUCUCAGCCCUUCAUUUGACAAUGUACUGCCCCGUUACUUAUUUUUACAAAAUUUGCCAUCUGCCUUAGUAACUCAUGUAUUAAAUCCUCAACCUGGAGAGAAGAUUCUAGAUUUGUGUGCAGCACCUGGAGGGAAAACAACACACAUUGCAGCACUAAUGCAUGAUCAGGGAGAAGUUAUAGCACUGGAUAAAAUCUUCAGCAAAGUAGAAAAAAUAAAGCAGAAUGCCUUAUUGUUAGGGCUGAAUUCCAUCAGGGCAUUUUGUUUUGAUGGAACAAAGGCGGUUAAACUUGAUAUGGUGGAGGACACAGAAGGGGAACCUCCAUUUCUACCAGAAUCCUUUGACCGAAUUCUUCUGGAUGCACCCUGUAGUGGAAUGGGACAGAGACCAAAUAUGGCCUGUACUUGGUCUUUGAAGGAAUUGGCAUCAUAUCAGCCAUUACAGCGAAAACUCUUCACUGCAGCAGUUCAGCUGCUGAAGCCAGAGGGUGUGCUGGUGUAUAGCACAUGCACUAUAACACUGGCUGAAAAUGAAGAACAAGUUGCCUGGGCCCUGACAAAAUUUCCUUGCCUUCAGCUUCAGCCCCAGGAACCGCAGAUUGGAGGAGAAGGAAUGAGGGGAGCUGGGCUCUCAUGUGAACAAUUGAAACAGCUGCAGCGAUUUGAUCCAUCAGCUGUGCCAUUACCGGAUACUGACAUGGACUCUCUCAGAGAGGCCAGAAGAGAAGACAUGUUGCAUCUGGCUAAUAAGGACUCUAUAGGUUUUUUUAUUGCAAAAUUUGUAAAAUGCAAAAGCACAUAGGAGAGGAUGGAUGCUCAGAAAUGAAAAUUCCAAACAUUUGCUGUCUGUCUGUGGGGUUUUUUUUUUUUUUUUUUU